AUGAGACAAGCUGACAAUCUCUCUUCAUUAAUUAUUGAAAGCAAGUUAUUUAUAUACCAACAAGGUGAAAUGAGACAUAAUCUUUAUACGAUUCUUCCACCUCGUAUCAAACAUUUGGAAAUACCAUUAAUUGAUUUAGAAAAAUUAAAAAUCAUUUUUGAACAAUGUGAAAAUCUGUCAACCAUUACAUUUGACACUGGUAAUAGAGAAUUCGCUGAGAAAGUUAUUAGUUGGUUUUCUGACAACACCAUUAACACAACCUGCCAAGAGCUUUAUAGAACAGUUUCUGUGUGGUUUGGAACAAAAAAAAAUUCGUAAUCAAGUGAAAUAUCUUUUGAUCAUUAAUCAAUGAAACUCAUUGACAGGAAUUAAGACUUUUAGUUUGUUUCAUUGAAUGAGAUUGUCGAAAUUAAAAAAAGUUUGAUCAUAAUUUUUAAAUAUAAUAAAUCAAAUGUUUAUAGUAUACCUAUGAUAAGAAAUAAUAAAAACUCGUCAGAGAACAAAUGUAUCCUAUUUAAUAUUAUGUCAUGUUUUCUCCUCUUAAUCCAUAAUUGCUGAGUAAAUCUCGACAAAUCAGAAAAUUAUAACCAGGUCAAAAAUCUUGGCCUGACCUGGCCUGGAAAGGCUGGAUAUAUUGCCUGGACAGAACAGGUCAGGUCAAAUUUUCAAAAUUCAGCCUGUACAGGAGGCCUGGCCUGGCGGGCCGGCAACUCUGCUG